AUGUCCCAGCACCUGCUCCUGCCACUUGUGAUCCUCGCCAUCAGCCCCAGCCCUGGAGCCUUCCCAGACUCAGCUUUCAGUCCUACCCAAGAAGAACCUGAAGACCCGGACUGUGGUCGCCCUGAGCCCUCUGCCCGAAUCAUGGGGGGCUCAGAUGCACAGCCGGGCAGCUGGCCGUGGCAAGUGAGCCUGCAUCAGGGCGGGGGCCACAUCUGCGGGGGCUCCCUCAUAGCCCCCUCCUGGGUCCUCUCAGCUGCUCACUGUUUUGUGACGAACGGGACCUUGGCGCCCGCCGCCGAGUGGACGGUAGUGCUGGGCGUGCACUCCCAGGACGGGCCCCUGGGUGGCGCACACGUCCGCGCAGUGGCCGCGAUCCUGGUGCCGGACAACUACAGCAGCGUGGAACUGGGCGCCGACGUGGCCCUGCUACGCCUGGCCUCGCCCACAGAGAUGUCCAGGAGGCAGCUAAAGGGGACCAAGCUGAGCCCUGGGGAACAGGGGACUCCAUUCCUGCCUCACAGCAUUUCUUAUCUGGUUCUGCCCACAGACCCCCUGCCUCUACCCUGGGUGCUACAAGAGGUGGAGCUAAGGCUGCUGGGAGAGGCUGCCUGUCAGUGUCUCUACAGCCGGCCCGGUCCCUUCAAUCUCACUUUCCAGCUAUUGCCGGGGAUGCUGUGUGCUGGCUACGCAGAGGGCCGCAGGGACACCUGCCAGGGAGACUCUGGAGGGCCCCUGGUCUGUGAGGAAGGUGGCAGAUGGUUCCAAGCAGGAAUCACCAGCUUUGGCUUUGGCUGUGGACGGAGGAACCGCCCCGGAGUCUUCACUGCUGUGGCUCCCUAUGAGGCAUGGAUAAGGGAACAGGUGAUGGGUUCAGAGCCUGGGCCGACUUUUCUUUCCCAGUCCCCGCAGCCCCAGUCAGUUCUCUCGGAGCCCACGGAUGAGAACUGCACCAUUGCCCUGCCAGAGUGCGGUAAGGCCCCGCGGCCAGGGGCCUGGCCCUGGGAAGCACAGGUGAUGGUUCCGGGAUCCAGACCCUGCUAUGGGGCACUGGUGUCUGAAAGCUGGGUCUUGGCACCUGCCAGCUGCUUUCUGGGCCGCAUCAGCUCAGACCACCAGCCUGGAGACCUGGACAACUGGCGCGUGCUACUGCCCUCGCGCCCGCGCGCGGAGCACGUGGCACGCCUCGUGCCGCACGAGAACGCCUCGUGGGACGACGCCUCGGACCUGGCGCUGCUGCAGCUGCACGAGCCCGUGAACCUGGGCGCGGCCCCGCGGCCAGUGUGCCUACCCCACCCAGACCACUAUUUCAGGCUGGUAACACACUCUCUGCAGAACUACUCUCAUCGGAGCCUUCUGUGCCGGGAAGAGGGGACCUGGUUCCUGGCUGGAAUCAGAAACUUCCCCAGCGACUGCAUACGUCCCAGAGUCUUCUACCCUCUGCAGACCCAUGGCCCGUGGAUCAGCCAUGUGACUCGGGGAGCCUACCUGGAGGACCAGCUGGCCUGGGACUGGGGCUCUGAGGGGGAGGAGACCGAGACACACAUUUGUCCCCCGCACACAGAGCAUGGUGCUUGUGGCCUGCAACCAGAGCCUGCUCUGGUGGGGAUCCUGUGGCCCUGGCUGGCAGAGGUGCAUGUAGCUGGAGAGCGUGUCUGCACUGGAAUCCUCGUGGCUCCAGGAUGGGUCCUGGCAGCCACUCACUGUGUCCUCAGGCCAGGCUCUACAACAGUGCCUUAUAUAGAAGUGUACCUGGGCCGGGCGGGGGCCAGCCCCCUCCCACAGAGCCAUCAGGUAUCCCGGUCAGUCAUCAGCAUCCGCCUGCCUCGGCACCUGGGACUUCGGCCCCCGCUGGCCCUCCUAGAGCUGAACUCCCGGGUGGAGCCCUCCCCAUCAGCCUUGUCCAUCUGCCUUCACCCAGGGGGUAUCCCCCUGGGGUCCAGCUGCUGGGUGCUGGGCUGGAAGGACCCCCAGGACCGAGUCCCUGUGGCUGCUUCUGUCUCCAUCUUGACACCGCGACUCUGUCACUGCCUCUAUCAGGGCAAUAUGUCCCCUGGAACUUUCUGUGUUCUGUAUGCAGAGGGGCAGGAGGACAGGUGUGAGGUGACCUCAGCACCUUCGCUUCUGUGCCAGACUGAGGGAGGCUCCUGGGUCCUUGUGGGCAUGGCUAUUCGAGGGAGCCAGGAGCUCUUUGCCGCCAUUGGCCCUGAAGAGACCUGGAUCUCCCAGACAGUGGGGGAGGCCCAUUUCCUGCCCCCCAGUGGCUUCCCCCUCUGGCCCCCUGAAAGCAGUGACCUCUGCCCCCCAGACAUGGCUGGGGCCUCAGGCUCCCCUCAGGCUGCUAUUUUCCUGCUGCUUCUGACCCUCCUGAUCCAGGGCUGAGGGGGCCUGGGUCCCUGGGCCACCUUACCUUCGUCAUCACCUUCCCCUCUCUUCCCCUACCUCCUCCAGCUUUCCACCACUUCCCGCCCAGUGGGGCUGGAAUGUGGCCCAACUGGCUCUGUUCUCUUACCCGGAACCUCCAAGGCGCCCCACCCACCUAGACUGCAGUGGCUCUGGUAAUCAGGCCUCAGAGCCCAGCUAUUUUGGGCCCUGGCAUCCUUGGCAGUGGGAGGCAGCAGACAAUAAAGGUGUAAACACAGA